GAAAAUUGCCUUCAAACCUCCAUAGCGAGAAAUCUAGGGCGCGAUCUGAAUGAAGAACCAGGGGGCAAAUGGCUAGUCGAAAGCACUUAUCGGGAUAAGGAUCAAGUCGUCAUAGAAGAAAUAGCCAUCUAGGGCACAAAGCUCUUCAUUCUGAUUUCAGCAACAAGCAUUUCUACAAAUUCCUGGUUUAGCCGAUGAGCUAGGGAGCCGAGAUCGUGAAUUUCCGAUUGGAGAAGAAGCUAAAACACUAGCUAUUCGAGUUCCAUCGUUCAGGAAUAGAUUUCUUAACUAUUACAGACGGAGCUAAAACAAAAUGUCUGUGCAAGAAUAUCUGGACAAGUACAUGCUCUCCCGGAAAAUUGAGGAUGCUGUCAAUGCUGCAGUUAGGGCAAAGGCUCCAGAUCCUGUACUGUUCAUCUCAAAUCAUAUGAAGAAAGCCGUUCCUUCUGUAAUCACGAAGAUCAAAGCCAGGCAGAUCCUUGAUAGCAGAGGGAUUCCUACUGUUGAAGUCGAUUUGUACACUAAUAAGGGGAUGUUUCGGGCUGCAGCUCCUAGCGGUGUUUCUACUGGAAUUAAACCCAGGUAUGAAGCUGUUGAAUUACGUGACGGAGACAAGGGAAAAUAUCUUGGACAUGGUGUUUCUAGAGCUGUUAAGAAUAUCAAUGAGAAGAUAUCUGAAGCCUUGAUUGGUCUGGAUCCAAUACAUCAGUAUCAAAUUGACCAGGCUUUGUUAGAUUUGGACAAAACUGAAAAUAAGGCUGACCUUGGAGCAAAUGCUAUUUUGGCUGUAUCUAUUGCUGCUUGCAAAGCUGGUGCUGCUGAAAAAGAGGUUCCACUUUACAAGCACAUUGCCGAUAUUUCGGGUAAUACUGGCCUGCUGCUUCCCGUCCCAGCCUUCUCUGUUAUUAGUGGUGGAAAACAUGCUGGGAAUAGUCUGUCCGUCCAAGGAAUUAUGAUUCUCCCCACUGGUGCAAACACAUUUGAGGAGGCCAUGCAAAUGGGUUCUGAGACUUACCAUCACCUAAAGGCUGUUAUUACUGAAAAAUAUGGUGCAGAUGCAUGCAAUGUUGGUGAAGAUGGUGGAUUCGCCCCUAAUAUCUCAAGUUUUAAAGAUGGUUUGGAUCUUGUUAACGAGGCAAUUGAAAGAACGGGAUAUAAUGAAAGAAUUAAGAUAGCAAUGGAUGUAGCUGCUACAGAGUUCUGCAUAGGAACAAAGUAUGAUUUAGACAUCAAAUCCCCAAAUAAGUCUGGACAGAAUUUCAAGAGUGGAGAGGAUAUGAUCGGGAUGUACACACAGCUCUGUACAGACUAUCCAAUUGUAUCAAUUGAGGAGCCAUUCGACAAGGAGGACUGGGAGAAUACAAAGUUAUUUUCCAGCCUUGGCAUUUGCCAGGUUGUUGGAGAUAACUUGUUGGCGUCGAAUCUAAAACGCAUUGAGCGAGCAAUACAUGAAUCCACUUGCAAUGCCCUUCUUCUCAAGUUGAAUCAGAUUGGGACUGUCACAGAAGCCAUUGAAGUUGUGAAGCUGGCAAAGGAUGCUAACUGGGGAAUAGUGGUAUCCCAGAGAUCUGGGGAGACUGAAGAUUCCUUCAUAGCUGAUUUAGCUGUUGGGCUGGCCACUGGUCAGAUCAAGGCUGGUGCACCUUGCCGUGGAGAGCGGCUUGCAAAGUACAACCAGUUACUUCGAAUUGAAGAAGAGCUUGGUGACCAAGCAGAUUAUGCAGGAGAGCGUUGGAGGCUGUCUUAAUUGUUCUCUUUCUUGCUUUUAUCCCUUCUUCUCUUUCUGCUUAUCCUGUUCAUCAUCAUCAAUGUGAGGAUUCAAACAAGUUUCUGAAGCACCCAAUUGUUCAGCAUUGCUGGUGAUAGUAAUUGUAAGUCAGCAUUUUCUAGGUUAUAGAAGUUCCUGAAAUGCAUGAAAGAUUUUUUUUUUUGGUCACGACGGUUCUUCGAAAUGACAUUGACGAAAGUGUCCUCAUAAUUUUUUUUUAAAAAGUUGAUUCUAGUUCAGACCGUUUGAGAUGUGAAUAGUUCGAGUGAUAAGAUUUAUUCACAUACAUGAUGUUCUCACAUUGCACGGUCUGGAACCCAUUCAAUAUCCAGUUCAUGGUUGGAGCAAUCUUAUAAAUGAACGGUUGCUUCUUCUAAAUGGACAAUGCUUUGUAAUGUUUCACACUUCACAGCCUGCUAUGUGGAAGUAGAUGGGUGAGUCAGUAUG